CACACUUCUCCUUCUUACUUAAAAUUCUAUAAAUGCCAUAGAUAGGUAGAUAGAUACCUCUUCUCCAUGAAGAAAACUCUCUCUCUCUCUCUCUCUCUCGUCUUUUACUACUAUCUAACUUCCAGAGACAUAUAUAGAGAGACAAUAUAAUGGCGCUGAUGACCGACGGGCCUGCUAAAAAAGAGCUAAACAGAGCAGCAUGGACAGCUGAAGAAGAUCGGAAGCUGGCUCAAAUUAUUGAAGUUCAUGGUGCACAGAGGUGGAAGUCAGUUGCAGAGAAAGCAGGUCUGAAUCGAAGCGGGAAGAGUUGCAGGCUGAGAUGGAUGAAUUAUCUAAGACCCAACAUCAAGAGAGGCAACAUCUCAGACCAAGAAGAAGACUUGAUACUUAGACUUCAUAAAUUGCUCGGAAACAGGUGGUCACUGAUUGCGGGACGGCUGCCGGGUCGAACGGAUAAUGAGAUCAAGAACUACUGGAACUCUCAUUUGAGCAAGAAAGUGAACCAGAAGGAGAUACUCAGAACAGAAACAACAACAUGUGGGUUUAAGCGACAAAGAACCUGCAGGGAUGUGGAGAAGGAUAAUUUACAUGUGAAUGAAGAGGGAACCUGGGAAGGAGACGUGGACUCCCCGACUAGACUUGAUGUGGAUGAAUUCUUAGAUUUCUCUACCGAGGGGCCUUUCAGUUUGGAGUGGGUGAGCAAAUUCAGUGAUUUCAAUGAGCGUUUGUGUGGGUUCUCAUGAAAUUAAUGCCUCUUAUGUCUUUAUAAAACGAAUUGUCGUCUGCUCUCUAGCUCCUUUCGGAAAUUAACUCUGUUCUUCUUCGGAAAUUUAUUCCAUUCGAUCACUAAGAAUCAAUGUAAAGAAUUCUCGAUCGGUGUGUUUGGUUGGCAUUAUCUUCAUCAUGUUGAUGUUGGUACAUGAAAUCGAAAUCACGUUUCGUUUUCAA